AAAUCCAGCAAUGCAAUCAAUUACCGAAAGUCCUCGUUUCAAAUGUGAGCUGUUGUGAGGGACUUCACAUGGAAGAAGACAAAAUCAUCCAAGACUGUGUAAAUCAGUUCAAUAGCUCAAAUUACACCGUAGUCGAAAUGUAUUGUAAAUCAACUGAUUGUGUUUUCAAAGACAGAAAUUUUCUCAAACCGGACGGAUCAUUGGAUAAAACCGCAAUGAACAAGUAUUUCGAAGAUCAGCUCAAAAACUACACAGAAUGGAGGGAUAUCUUCAAAACAGUGGCAAUCGAACCGUGCUUUCAGAUGAUCGAGGAAAACCAUCAACAAAUGGUCAGUUUCUUCGAGUCCAAUAAGCUGGAUAUUCUGCCAAUGUCGCAGUGUUCUGUGAAGCCUACUUUGAUGUCGUUUUGCAUGGAGCUGAAUCUAUUGGCCAACUGUCCUUCAAAACAUACAAUUGGUGGUUUAGAAUGUCAAGAAGCACGAACUUUUGUGAAAAAGUGUGUUAAUACAACAGAAAGCUUUUUACAGUUUUUGAAAUCAUACGCGGACAAAACUGGAGAAAUGAAAUAG